ACAUAGUGUCAUUCAAUGAAGACUACGUCAAAAUGUGGCUAUUUUCGUGUGAAGAACAGUACUAUUUUACAAAAGAAUGCUAUCAGUACAUGGGAAUCACCUAUAAAUGCCAACAGAACAUAAAACCAAUGUGUAAACGAACGGCUAUGGAACUGCAAUCCAACAUAACCGACUAACAUGGACGAAAAUGACCUUUGAGCGUCUCACUCCAUCAAUGACCUUGAGCAUGCGGGAUAAUUUCAGCCGGGAAAUACUAGUUUUCAAAGAUGUAAGCACGUGCUCGUCUUCACGCGCGAUAUCUAAAUCAGUUGUUACUUUUGAAAGAAAUAGAAAUAUCAGUUCAUCGAUAAUGCGGUGGAUCCCCCUUGAAGCAAAUCCUAAGGUGAUGAAUGAGUACAUGAAUAACCUUGGAGUUGUUGAUAGUGUAUGGAAAUUUACCGAUGUAUUUAGUUUGGAUGAUGAUAUGCUUGCAUUUAUACCGCAACCAGUCAUAAGCCUACUGUUCUUAUAUCCUUUAGGCAACUCGAUUGAAAAUGCAUCAUUAGGCGUUGAGGAUAAUUCAUCUAAGGUUAUUUUAAUCAAACAAACCGUUGGUAAUGCUUGUGGAACUAUAGCUAUAUUGAAUGCUAUAGCUAAUAAUCGAGAUAAAUUGAGUAUCAAAGAUGGUUCAUUUUUAAGCAAUGCCUUAGAUGGAAUUGAAGAUAUGACACCUGCUGAACGUGGUGCUGUAAUGGAAAGUAAAAAGGAUCUGUCUAUGUUACAUGAAAAAUCAGCUCUGGAAGGACAGACAAAUGCACCUGAUGCAGAGUCAAAAACAAAUUUACACUUUGUCUGUUUUGUUGAACAUUGUGGUAGUCUAUAUGAACUUGAUGGUCGAAAAAAUGCGCCUAUUCGACACGGAUCAAUUACAUCAGCUGGUUUUCUAUCGGAUACAUGCAAUGUUGUGAAAAAAUUCAUUGCAAAUUCACCUGAUACUGUGGAUUUCAGUUUGAUGGCUUUAUGUCCUGAAAACAACUGA